AUGAAAGCAGCAUUUCUUGGUCAUCAAUAUUUGACUGUAAAAUCAAUUAACGAAAACAAUGUUUAUUUCAAUUCUGGAGGACUUCGUAGUAGUCGAAAAUAUGAACGAAUACAUUCUAAACAACAACCAACUACUAAUUCAAUAGACCCACCAAUUUCAGCUUCUGAUCCACUGUCACAUCGAUCGAUUACAACUCAGAAACAAUCUGAAUCAAAUGUACCAUCAGUAGCUAUUAUCGAACGAAGUUAUAGUGAUUCAAAUGAUCUUUGUGUUGUUUCUGAUCAACAAUCAUCGAUCGAUACUCAAUUUCGACAUCAUGUUGAAAGAAAACGAGAUGAAGACGAAAAAUUAAGUGGUCGUGUUCGUCAUUUUUAUAAAAAACAAGAUGCUCUUAUUGAUUCAUUUAAAGAACUUGAUGAACAAACAUCAUUUCAGUUUAAAAAAGACAAUGAACAUUUAAACAAACAAAAACGACACACUGAUUGGCUUAUUAAAACGACAUUAAUUCUCAAUGUGACAUUGUUAAUUGCUAAAAUAAUAGCUGCUGUCUUUUCUCGUUCUCUUUCAAUUAUUUCAUCAGUUGUUGAUUCUGCUGUUGAUUCAGCUUCAGCAUGUUUACUUUUUUGGGUUCUUCGUGUAAUAAAACGUCGUGAUCCUUAUACUUAUCCAGGAGGUCGUACUCGUCUUGAACCACUUAUCAUUGUAAUUCUAUCAGUUAUUAUGAUUUCAGCAUCAGUUCAAGUUAUUUAUGAAUCAGUUCAAUCAUUAAUAAACUAUGUAAAUUAUUUUACAAAAAAAUCAACAUCUUUACGUCAUAUUGAAAUGGGACCAGCACCUAUUACUGUCAUGUGUGUUACAAUAAUUUCUAAAGCAAUUCUAUCAUUUCUUUGUUAUCAAAUACCAAAUCCAACAAUGUAUGCUGUUGCACAAGAUCAUCGUAAUGAUGUUUUUUCAAACAUAAUCGCACUUGCAUGUGGUAUUAUUGCUUCCAAAGCUCUUGAUGGUUCAAUAAAAGCAGAAGAAGUUGUUGUUCUUGAUCCGAUUGGUGCUAUUCUUAUAUCAUUUUAUAUAAUAUUUUGUUGGUUAGGACAACUUCGUGAACAAGUACGAAAUUUAAGUGGUUAUAAAGCACAACCUGAAUUUUUACAAAAAAUUACAUGGCUUACAUUACAACAUUCACCAUUAAUAAAAAAAAUUGAUACUGUUCGUGCAUUUCAUUUUGGUACAUCAUUUUUAGUUGAAGUUGAAAUUAUUUUGCCUGAAACAAUGUCUCUUAAACAAGCACAUGAUAUAAGUGAUGGAUUAAAAAAUAAAUUAGAAAGUAUAUCUGAAGUUGAAAGAGCAUUUGUACAUUUGGAUUAUGUUGUUGAUGCUCUUGAAUAUUAA